CCGAGAGAGUUAUGCAUCCUCUUUAUAUUUUUAAAGGAACACUACAGAAUUGCUUCACCUGGGCUUAAUUAUUGGCAUUGGUUGCUACAGAGACCCACUUUACUUCUUCCGGGGCAUGGCGUGACAAGGACGCCAUGUCUGCGGCUCAGACCUCGACAGUUUUGAAGGCGGCGGUAGGCGGGCAGCAGGAUUGUGAGCAAAAGGCAACAGUAGCAGAGUCCAUUACAUUGCGGCUAGUGCCCCGGAGAAAGAAGAAGGAUGAGCGCGUCCAUUGGUCCAAGGAUGUCCAAGAGAUCAACGAGUUUUCGGGCAAAUUCAAGUCGAAGAAGUGCUGUCAGUUUCAUAAGCGGCGAGUUUUUGGAGAGUGGAGUGACGAGGAUGAUAGCGACGCGGAAUGCCAGUGCAAACCGGAGGGAGAGCAACCUAAGGAGCCAUGAAACGGCUGCGCGCGCAGUUUCUGCGGCCUCUUCUAUCGAUAGCAGGAAGCUAUUAAGCGGACUCUGUAUGUGACGUUUUAGACUGGACAUUUACAGACGCUUUGCACAUACAGGUGGCACAUGGGGUGGUGGAGCCCUUCCAUGGGGCAAUUUACGGCCCAACGCUUUCUUGAUUUGCUGCAGCUUUGCAGUAUCUGCAGGACUAAAUAAUUGAUGCCUCUUAUGAUGGCAUGGGCCGUUAGGGGUUCAGCAGCGUAGGUGCCGCUUGGUCUGGGAAUCUUAACGCGGGCAAGUGCACGUCCAUGCAAUAGCAGCCCAAGGACCUAGCCCUGUACUCUCGCACGUCCGAUAAGGCUGUGAAGCCUCUUGUUGUCAGGGUGGCUGCGACGUUUGUGAACGCAGUUUCAGACAUAACCGGUCUUUGGUGAUGAGUGGGACCUCUUCGACUUUAGGUGUCUCGCUUUUGGAUUUUGUUUAUAGAUAUAGAUGUGGUUUUCACUUGCUGCAUUCAACGUGCUGGGCGUGGGAAAGGAACUGGGCUGACGGCGACCAAGUGCGAUUUCCUUUGCAAAUUUGAACACAGUGUAAGCCUGCGUCUCAUGGGUUUUCUCAUUUAGCAGGAUGGCUGGUGUUGCAUAGGGGGUAGGUGGCACCUGCGCGCAACUGCGCGGCUUUAAGAGAACUUCAUACUCCACUGAUGGAC